AUGAUCUCAGAAAGGGAUUCGGAGACCACCUUCGAUGAGGAUUCCCAGCCUAAUGAUGAGGUGAUGCCAUACAGUGAUGAUGAAACGGAGGAUGAGUUGGACAGUCGGCAGCCUGAAGUCGAACCAGGACAAAACCAAAUCAACAGAGACGCCGAGGAGAGCCGAGAGCCAUUGAAAAAGGACUGCAGCUGGCAAGUUAAAGCAAAUGAUGAAUGUUUCUACGAACAGUCCCAGUUUAAGAGAACAAUAUUUCUGUGCUUCAAAAAAAGCAAAUAUGCAGGAAAUGCAAUUAAGACAUACAAGUACAACCCCAUCACUUUUUUACCACUGAAUCUGUUUGAACAGUUUAAAAGAGUAGCCAACUUCUAUUUCCUCGUUCUUCUCAUUUUGCAGUCGAUUCCCCAAAUAACUACCCUGUCAUGGUAUACAACACUGGUGCCCUUACUCUUGGUGCUGGGAAUAACUGCAGUCAAAGACCUAGUGGAUGACAUUGCUCGUCACAGGAUGGACAACGAGGUUAAUAAUAGGACAUGCGAAGUCAUCAGGGAUGGAAGGUUCAAAAACACAAAAUGGAAAGAUAUUAAAGUUGGUGAUAUCAUUCGUCUGAAGAAAAAUGCUUUCGUUCCUGCUGAUAUUUUGCUGCUAUCCAGCUCAGAACCAAACAGUCUCUGCUAUAUAGAGACAGCUGAACUAGAUGGUGAGACUAACUUAAAAUUCAAAACGGCACUUGAGGUAACACACAGAUAUCUUCAAGAAGAAAGUGCGAUGGCAGACUUUGAUGGUCUAAUUGAAUGUGAAGAGCCUAAUAACCGACUGGAUAAGUUUGCAGGGACAUUAUUCUGGAGAAACACGAGUUAUUCACUGGAUGCUGAUAAGAUUUUAUUACGUGGAUGUAAAAUCAGGAAUACAGACUUCUGCCAUGGAGUGGUCAUAUUUGCAGGUGCUGAUACAAAAAUAAUGAAAAAUACUGGAAAGACGAGAUUUAAAAGGACAAAAAUUGACUCCCUUAUGAAUUACAUGGUUUAUACUAUUUUUGUUGUCCUCAUCCUGCUGUCGGCUGGCCUUGCCAUUGGACACACCUACUGGGAGCAGCAGAUUGGCAACUUGUCUUGGUACCUCUAUGAUGCACUAGACUUCAAUCCUCCGUAUCGUGGCUUUCUUAACUUUUGGGGAUAUAUCAUUGUUCUGAACACCAUGGUUCCCAUUUCCCUCUAUGUGAGCGUUGAAGUGAUUCGUUUGGGCCAAAGCUAUUUUAUAAACUGGGACCUGCAAAUGUAUCACGCUGAGAAGGACACGGCCGCGAAGGCCAGAACCACCACACUGAAUGAGCAGCUGGGGCAGAUCCACUACAUCUUCUCUGAUAAGACAGGAACGCUUACACAGAACAUCAUGACGUUUAAAAAAUGUUGCAUAAACGGCCAAAGAUACGGAGACUGCCGGGAUGGAGCAGGGCAGCUUCAGAGCCACCCAGAGCAGGUGGAUUUCAGCUGGAACAUGUAUGCAGAUGGAAAGUUCUCGUUCUAUGAUCACUAUCUGAUAGAGCAAAUAAAAUCUGGAAAGGAGCCAGAAAUUCAAAAGUUCUUUUUUCUGCUUGCUAUUUGUCACACAGUCAUGGUUGACACUUCUGAUGGUCAGCUCAAUUACCAAGCAGCUUCCCCAGACGAAGGGGCCCUGGUUACAGCGGCCAGAAACUUUGGCUAUGUUUUUCUUUCACGAACACAAAGUACCAUCACUAUAAGUGAAAUGGGGAUUGAAAAAAUUUAUGAUGUCCUUGCUAUCUUGGAUUUCAACAGUGAUAGAAAACGCAUGUCUGUCAUUGUAAGAGAAUCAGGUGGAAAUAUCAGGCUAUAUUGUAAAGGGGCUGAUACAGUAAUUUAUGAACGGUUGCACCCAAGGAAUCUAAAGAGAGAAGCUACAGAAGAAGCACUAGAUAUUUUUGCAAAUGAAACUCUUAGGACACUCUGCCUGUGCUAUAGAGACAUUAGUCAUGAAGAAUUUGAAGCAUGGAAUAAGAAGUUUGUGGAGGCCAGUGUAGCUACAACUAAUCGUGAUGAAGCUCUGGACAAAGUAUAUGAGGAAAUAGAAAAAAACUUGAUUCUGCUUGGUGCGACAGCUAUUGAAGACAAACUACAGGAUGGAGUUCCAGAAACUAUUUCCAGACUUUCAAAAGCAGACAUUAAAAUCUGGGUGCUUACUGGUGACAAAAAAGAAACUGCUGAAAACAUUGGAUUUUCUUGUGAACUCUUAACAGAUGAGACAACAAUCUGCUAUGGAGAAGAUAUCAGUGCUCUUCUUCAAACUAGGUUGGAAAACCAAAGGAACAGAGCUGGAUCAAGUACACAUUCCUCUCUAAGAAUGAACGAGCCCUUCUUCCAGGGUAGUAGAGAUCGUGCUUUAAUAAUCACUGGCUCCUGGCUGAAUGAAAUCCUGCUAGAGAAGAAAAAGAAGAAAAAGAAACUUAAACUGAAAUUCCCCAGAACAGCAGAAGAGAAAAAAAAGCAAGCUGAGAAGAGAAGAAGGGCUGAAGCUUACAAAGAACAGCAGCAGCAGAACUUUGUUGAUUUGGCCUGCGAAUGCAGGGCUGUGAUCUGCUGUCGAGUGACUCCAAAGCAGAAAGCCAUGGUGGUUGAGCUUGUGAAGAAAUACAAGAAAGCUAUUACUCUGGCUAUUGGGGAUGGUGCCAAUGAUGUAAACAUGAUUAAAACUGCCCACAUUGGAGUUGGAAUCAGUGGCCAAGAAGGGACGCAAGCUGUCAUGUCAAGUGACUACUCUUUUGGGCAAUUCCGCUACCUCCAGAGACUGCUGCUGGUCCACGGACGAUGGUCUUACAUUAGGAUGUGCAAGUUUCUAAGAUAUUUUUUCUACAAAAACUUUGCUUUUACACUAGUCCACGUCUGGUAUUCAUUCUUUAAUGGCUUUUCUGCCCAGACAGCGUAUGAAGACUGGUUCAUCACAUUGUACAAUGUGUUGUAUUCUAGUCUCCCGGUUCUGCUAGUUGGCUUGCUUGACCAGGAUGUGAGCGACAAAUUGAGUCUUCGGUUCCCCAGACUGUAUGUUUUGGGACAGAAAGAUUUACUUUUUAAUUACAAGAAAUUCUUUUUAAGUUUGCUUCAUGGAGCUAUAACUUCAUUGAUAAUCUUCUUCAUACCAUAUGGAGCUUACCUUAAAACUAUGGGACAAGAUGGAGAAGCACCUUCAGAUUAUCAGUCAUUUGCUGUCACAGCAGCAUCUUCUCUCAUAUUUGUCGUCAAUUUUCAGAUUGGCUUGGAUACGUCUUAUUGGACUUUUGUUAAUGCUUUUUCAGUAUUUGGCAGUAUCGCACUUUACUUUGGUAUCACAUUUGACUUCCACAGUGCUGGAAUCCACGUUCUCUUUCCUUCUGGCUUUCAGUUCACAGGAACUGCUCCAAAUGCUCUGAGACAACCAUACCUCUGGCUGACCAUCAUUUUAUCAAUCGCUAUUUGCUUACUUCCUGUAGUGGCAUGGCGUUUCUUAUCAAUGACAAUUUGGCCUUCAGAAAGUGACAGGAUUCAGAAGAACCGUAAGAAAUACAUGGCAGAAGAACAACAAUGGAAGCGAAGGCAGAGUGCUUUUCGCCGAGGGAUAUCUGGCCGUCGUUCUGCUUAUGCUUUCUCCCAUCAGCGGGGGUAUGCUGAUCUUAUUGCUUCUGGACGCAGCAUACGGAAAAAACGGGCUCCGUUAGAUGCAGUCCUAGGCAACAGUGUGACGGAAGUCAGAGAUGCUCGUGAAACAAGCUGA